CUCAUGGCGGCGGCAGGGGCGGCGGCGGCGCCCCGGGCGAGAGGAGUGGUGCACUUGGAGACUGCGGGGCUGAGGGGCGGGGCGGCAGCGAAAGCCCCGCCGCUGCCGCCCCUCGUGCCCGUGCUGCACAUGCGGCAGGUGGUACGGCAGGUCGUACAACUGGGCAUGGAGGUACUGCUGCCCGGGUACGGCAGCGGCGGCGGCGGUUCGUCUUCCUCCUCCGCUAGUGCUGCUGGCGGCGGCGGGUUCAGCGCUGCGUUGACCGCCUCCCACUCGGCGCUGCGGCGGCUGUCGGUGCCCGUCAGCUUCAUCAACCUCCAGCACUACACGGAUGUGUUCAGGGCCCUGCUGAUUGAGGAGCUCGCAGCCGCAGUUCGCAGCAGUGUGGAGGACCUGGCAGCAGGAGGCGGCAACAGCAGCAGCGGUGGUGGUGGUGCUGGUGGUGGUGGCGGUGGGCCCCCCGCCAUUCGCGCUCUGGUGAGCUCGCUCCAGCGCACGGACGACGUGCACAGCGUGACCCUGACGGUGGAGGGCGGGCCGGCGCAGCGGGACAUGUGCAGGCCGGAGGACCUGGUGUUGCUCACCCGGCGUCCGCUGCCCGGUGCUGCCUCGCUGGCCCGCCCGUCCGCCCCCUGCGUGCUGGGGGUGGUGACGGAGGUGGCGCAGGAGGGGGCGGGCGGGCCGGGGGGGCUGCUGGGGGGCUGCUGUGUCACGGUGCAGGUGUGUCUCAAUCCCCCCUCCACCGCACCCGGCCCCCUGCUCCUCGAUGCCACUGCUCCUGCUGGCAGUGGUGGCGGGGUGCGUCUCGAGGGCUGCCUGCUGCCGCGCACCGAGUGGCACCUCACCUCGCUGCACUCGCUGGUGCCGCACUUCAGGGAGUUCGCGGCCCUCUGCAACCUGCCCCGCCUGCACGAGCCCACCGUGCGCUUCCUGCUCAACCCCCAAGGACACCAACAGCAGCAGCAGCAGCAGGCCCCCCAGCACCGCCCCUCCUCCUCCACCUCUGAGGCCUCCGCCCCCCCCUGCUGGGAGGCCGCCGCGCUGCCGCCGCCCCUCAAGGCCGCCCUGCAUGCCGCCUUCAACGAGGGGCAGCGCGGGGCCAUUCUGGCGGCACUGGACACCGCACGGCAGUUCACACUGGUGCAGGGCCCCCCGGGGACGGGUAAGACCUCAGCCAUCAUGGGUAUGGUUUCGGUGCUGCUGGCGCGGCCCGACAUAGCGCAGUACAAGGCGGCGCUGGAGGCGGGGGAGCCCACAAAGUACGACAGAGGCGCUGGCGGCGGUGCAGAUGCCGGCGGCGGCGGCGGCAGGGUUGGCGGCCGGGCUGCGGCGGCGGCGGGUCGGGGAAGCAGGCUGGCGGCUUCUGGUGGUGGUAAUGUUGGUGGCGGAGGUGGAAUGACGAAGGGAGGGCCGCUGAAGAAGUCCUCUGCAGCCAAGCGUUACGAGGCGGCUAAAGCGGCGGCAGCGGCAGCAACGGCGGGGACGAAGGCGGCGAAGGCAGGAGGCAAGGGUACUACGGCGGCGGAGGCAGCAGGAAGUGGUGAGGAGGGGACAGCAGCAGCGGCGGCAAAGGAGGCAGGCAACGGUGGCGGUGGCGGCGGUAGCGAUGGAGGCGGGGGUCGCGAUCCCUAUGCGCCACCGCCGGCCAAGCAACCGCGAUGGGGCCCGUCGCCGGCAACGACUGCCACCGCCAAGGCGACUGCCACCGGUAGCGGCGGCGGCGGCGCCUCCUCGUCUUCCCUAACGACGACGAAGGCAGCGUCCUCAUCCCCAACGCCUCCUCCGUCGUCCGCAACGACGGCCCCCCAGGCUGCUCUAGAUGCCUUUGACUUUGCCGUGCAGCCGCGCUGCCGGGUGCUGGUGUGUGCACAGUCCAACGCCGCUAUCGACGAGCUGCUCACGCGGCUGGCGGAGGAGGGCGUGUGGCGGGCGGACGGCAGCAGGCGCCCGCCGGCAGUGGUGCGGCUGGGGCGAGUGGAGGUGGCCCAUGGGUCGGUGAUGGCGCUCCACGUGGACUCCUUAGCGGAGCAGCUGGCGGGCCGCCACACGGGCAGUACGGCAGCCGGCGUGGCGCUGGAGGAGGCGAGGAAGGAGGUGACGGACGCGCGGAAGAGGUUUGAGGAGGUGUCGUACGACCUGGAGCAGUUGGAAAGGAAAUUGGCAACACGGCAGCAGAAGCACAAACCCAAGCAGCAGCAGCAGGGUGACAGCUCUUCCGUCUACAAGAAGGAGGGCCAGGAGGAGCAGCAGCAGGAGGAGGGAGGUCGGGCCCCCAGCCGUCGAUGCAGUGACAACGGCAGUACCGGCAGCGGUGCUGCUGCUGCCGCUGCCGCUGCUGCUAAGAAGGAUCAGCGGCCAGCUAAGGCUAGGGCCAGGUCUAAGCCCAGGGAGGGGGCAGAUGGGGGUGAUGACAUGGACUUGUGCAGUGGUGGUUCUGACGGGUCCGGGUCGGACGGGAGCGGCUCGGACGGCUCAGACGCCUCACUCGAAGAGGGCGAGGAGGAGGAGGGCGGCGGCAGGCGACGCAAGCAGCAGAGGCGGCGGCGGCAGUCUCGGGCAGCAGGGAGAGACAAGGCGGGCGCAAUAUCCGUUGACAACGACGGCGGCGGUGGUGGUGGUAGAGUGAAGGAGGCGGCGAACGGCAAGGCCCAAGCUGGUGAUGCUAGUGGUGGCGAUGUCGAUGGUGAUGGUGAUGGUGAGGAUGAGGAGGACGAGGUGGUGUUGGCGGCCCGAGUGGCAGCACUGCAGCGGCAGAAGCAGCAGCUGUGGGAGCGGUUCAAGUACACGGAGCGCACUCAGCGGCGGGGCACUCGGGAGGUGGAGCGGCAGCGCAGGGAGCGGCGGCAGGCUGUUGUGUUGGCGGCCGAGGUGGUGGUGACCACUCUGUCCAGCUCGGGAGGCGACCUGGCGCAGCUCUGGAGCGCUGCCACCCACACCGCUGCAGCAGCUGCAGCAGCAGCUGCAGCGGCAGGGGGGAGCAACAGCAACACCGCCGCUACCGGCAGUGCUGCCACUGCUGCUUCUGCUUCUGGUAGCGGUACCUCCGGUGCAGGUGGUGGCGGGUUGCUGCUGCCCGCGGGCGCACCGCGUUUCGACGCGCUGAUCAUCGACGAGGCGGCUCAGGCGCUGGAGCCGGCCGCACUCAUACCGCUGCAGCUGCUGCAGCCGGGGGGCAAGGUGAUCCUGGUGGGCGACCCCCGCCAGCUGCCCCCCACCGUGCUCUCCCGCGCCGCCGAGGCCGCCCGCCUGUCGCAGUCGCUGUUCGAGCGGCUGCAGGCGGCGGGCUGCCGCGUGUGCCUGCUGGCGCGGCAGUACCGCAUGCACCCGCACAUCAGCAGGUUCCCCUCCGCCUACUUCUACGACGACGAGUUGCGAGACGGGGAAACCAUCACGCCCGCCUCCCGCGCCGCGCCCUGCCACUCCCACCCGCUCUUCGGGCCCCUAGUGCUCCUGGACUGCAGGGAGGGCAGGGAACGCGCCGGUGGCGGCGGCGGAAGCGGUCGCGGCUCUUCGUCUUCCGGCGGGGGCGGCGGCGGCGGCGGCUCCCUCCGAAACCUCGCCGAGGCUGACCUCGUGGCAGAGCUCUACGCCGGCCUGACCUCUCGCUUCCCAACCUACCGCCCCCGCAUCGCCAUCCUCACCCCCUACCGAGCACAACUAGCCACCCUACGUGCCGCGCUGCGCUCCAGGGGGGGCGUGCGAGAUGAGGAUCUCGCCUCGAGGAUCGACAUUGCAACCGUGGAUGGAUACCAGGGCCGUGAGGCGGAUGUGGUGAUUUUUUCGGCGGUUAGGGCGAAGCCGCCGGCGGCGGUUGGUGGAGGUGGAGGC